AUGAAAAUGGGGAUUUCCAAGACAAGCACUGAGGUUACCGACAAUUCCAAUAGCAAUAGCAAUAGCAGCAGCAGCACUCAGACUGAAACUGACAACCAUAUCUCCAUUCCUGCUCCCUACGCCGAAGGAGAGAAGCUCAUAGCCACCCACUCCAAUCAUCUUUACGAAGCCAAGGUUAGGCAAGUUGAGUACCACAACACUGAAGGCUGGCAGUUCCUCGUUCAUUAUCACGGUUGGAAGAAAAGUUGGGAUGAAUGGGUUGGCAUGGAUCGUCUGAUGAAACGCACUGAGGAAAAUAUGCACAAAAAACAUGCCCUUGAUGAGAAUCUUGGCAAUGAUAAGAAUGCGAAAGUCUCACGUGGUCCUCUGGCUAAAUCCAAGAUUACUAACGUUUCAAGAGGCAGGAAACGACGGAAUGAAUCUGUCAUCAAGCCAAAACCUGAUGUUGAUCCUGACAAGCUUGUUAGCAUUCAAAUCCCUCCAACACUGAAGAAACAAUUAGUUGAUGAUUGUGAGUUUAUUACCCAUCUUGGCAAGCUCGUUAAACUUCCUCGUUCUCCUAAUGUGAAAGACAUAUUGAAAAAUUAUUUUGAUUACAGAUUGAAGAAAUGUGGCUCAAUGGCUGAUUCAGUUGAAGAAAUUAUGAAAGGAUUGUGUCGUUACUUUGAUAAAGCACUGCCAGUGAUACUCUUGUACAAGACCGAGCGCCAACAGUACCAAGAAGCUUGUCCAGCCAAUGUCUUUCCUUCUGCUAUAUAUGGUGCUGAGCAUUUGUUACGCCUCUUUGUUAAGUUGCCUGAGUUAUUGUUCCAUGCUAGCAUUGAAGAGGAGACAUUGAUAGAGCUUCAGGCACAGUUACUUGACUUUCUCAGGUUCUUGCAAAAAAACCAGGGUACAUUUUUCCUUUCUACUUAUCAUGUUGCUGAAGAUAUUAAGAACAGCUCCGACGAAUAA